AUGGGCUGCUGUGAUAAACGCAACUCCUCACCAAACUGUCGCGUUAUCCUGCAUGGUGAACUUGCGGAGCAGGAUGGAGCCGCCGAUGCCGCCCAACUGUCUAGGGAGCUUGGCCUGCGGAGCCGACGUUCACUGCGAGGAGGCAAAAGAUGCCGCACCACCACAAAGCAACGAUGCAACAGUGCCAAAAGGCCGCAACGCUUCAUGUCCACGUCUCGUCUAAUGCUAUUGGCUGGCUCCAGAAUUGAUCACUCACUUGGUAACUACAAGGUUUCAAGUUUAAUUCUCAAUGAGAGUAAUGAAUUCAAAGCUCUAGUUUAUGAGUUUGUGGAAAAUGGGGAUUUCGAUACAUGGUUGUAUACACAUUCAGCUAAUGCAAGGACAAAUGUUCUAAGUGUUCUUCUUAGGUUAAACAUUGCAAUCGAUGUAGCUUCUACGUUGCAUUAUCUCCAUGAUGAUUGUGAACUAGCAGUUGUUCAUUGUGAUCUAAAACCAAAUAACAUUCUGCUUGACAAAGAAUUAACUGCUCAUGUUUGA